AUGGUCAAAUAUUCGAAACAGUUCAAUAUGGCUGAUCUUAGACGCAUUAUUAUUAUUUUAAUGGCAUUAGCUUGUGUAACGACCGUUAUAGGUGUUAUUCACUGCCAUGUUAACGGUUGGUCGUUUGUAAGUUGGUAUGGAUAUCAUACAAGCUAUACGAUCAUUUUCCCAAUAUUAUUAAGUGUUACUGGCUUUCUUCUCAUUGAACAAUUGUUGAUUACCGACGGAACUAUAGUACCUCUCAAUCGUCUUCGUAUCAUCUAUGCAUUUGCAGCUGCUAUUGCAUUGAUCGUUUUCGGUAUUGGAGCUGCAAUUACUGCUAAUCGUUUGAGUAAUGAUUAUCGCUACCAGUCUCACUAUCAUAACGCAGUCGUUGCUGCAGUGAUUGCAUUCAUUGGCGCUGUAAUUUAUCUCGGCGAAGCAAUCGCUCGUAAUCGAAAGGGUGCUAUCAUCUAA